AUGGUUAUUUUAAAUAAACGAAUACAGAAAUAUAUUCAAGAAUAUAUGAGUAUUCUUCGUAUUGCUAAUGUAACAUAUCAGGAAAAAUGUGAUCCGCAUAAUAAUCAUAUUGAUAAUUACUGUGCAUCAAAUAAUCAUUAUACUCUAGGUUGGACUAUAGUUAAUUGUUCUAAUCAGUCAAUCACUGUGGAUCAGUUGCCGUUAAUCAAAUACUCACCUAUAGAAAACUUGGAUAAAUUGCCUUCGAAAUUUAUCAGUCCGAUCGAUAGAUUGUUUCACGUCUAUGUGAAACCUAAACAAGCGAUACAUUGGAGACCGAUUGUAUUUCCCGGACCAAUUUCACCCUCUGGGCAUGCAUUCCGUGUAAAGUUACGUUUUGGAAUUAACUCAAGUAUUGAUGAUAACAAGGUAUUACUAUGGACUCAUCCAAUCGAAUUACCGUGGCCACUCUUAAUGCAGAAACAAUAUGGUGAUAUAGUAUGUGCUUUGUCUUUAAGGUGGGAAGAGACGUCUACAUCACUAGAUAAAGGUCAUGUUAGUGGUAUUCACUAUCCGGAACUCUAUUUAAUUGUCUGUUGUCCAGACCCGAUUGGAUCUCCUGGGAAGAUAAUACUACAUUCGGAUGUCGUUGUACGAAACUUACUACCUGUUCAAUUGUGUGGCGCGCUGAGUACUUCAGCUAAUAACAUUCCUGUCAAGAAACUCUCUACCACUAUUCCUGUUUCAAAUAAAAAUUCAUCAACCAAAUUAAAUUGGCAUGAAACUAUCAGUGAAAAUUCACAGCCUAUUGCUCAGUUAUUCAGUAUUUCAACUGGACCAGAGGUGGAAUUUAUUUCAACAUGUGCUAAAACUUCUUCAAGUUAUAAAACACUUGAGCGUGAUCUGUGUAUGGCUUUUUCGAUGAACAGCAGUUUUCCAUCGGAUGGAAAAUUACUAGAAAAUAAAUUCUGGUCAGAAUGGUUGACAUUUAAGAUACCAUCUCCUGAUCAAUUCAAUUCACAAACAGAAACAAGUCACAGAACACUUAUUCAGCUUUCUCUAAAUGAUGAUAUGAGUUCGUCGACAGGCUCUCCCAAGGUUUAUGCCAUUAUUACGGUUGAAUAUUUUGCUACAAGUUUUAUUACUCCACCAAUUUGUUUAAUCACCAUAUCUCCAUUCUUUGAGAUUUUGAAUUGUAUGCCGAUAUCCUUGAAACUGGAAACUAAAGCAAUUAGUCCUCAACAAAUAAUAAAUUCUAAUUCAUUAACAUUUGAAGUUAUUUCACCUGCUUUUUGUAAUCAUCAUGAAUCUGUUGGUGUAACAUCUGAACACGGUAUGAGUACAUUCAGUUCAUCCUGCCAGUGUCCAUAUUCAUUGACCAAACCUAUUCAACUGGCGUACCACUACGACUUACUUUUAACCGGCACACUACCUGAUGGUGAACCUGUAUUUUCGCAUCCAGUUCGAUUAUCGGGUCAAGAAAUUUUGAAAAAACUGGCUAUAACCUAUUUGGAUCGUCAUAAUAAUAAUUCGACAAUAAAGUGCAAUAUUCCUUUGGAAAAUCUUUUAUCUAAAUCUGUUCAACAGAAUAAUUCAUUACCAGUCAUAACAACAUUAGGUGUAAUGCCUAGAUUCAAUUUGACCAAUAAUUCAUUGAACGAUUAUCUUGAUUAUUUGCUCAAUGGUAGCGGAAUGAAAUUAAUGAAUUCUGGCUCACUACAGUACAGUUUACGGCUUGUUUUACACUCGCAAUUGUUGUUGAUAAAUCGUGCUGGUAUUGAUUUACGUUUGAAGUUACCAUCUAUGAAAAAUAGUCCUUCAUCCUCUGAACUAAAACGAGAUAUCCUACUGGGAAAUAAUGAAUGUAUAAUGUUGGCAAAAAAUCAGCAUUAUUUUCAACUGGGUGUUGUAUAUAAUGAUGAAGUGUUUUGGUCUGAAACAUUAUCUAUACAGUUGCCACCAACUGACUGUACAAAUGGGACAAUAAAAUCAGACUGGAACUUAAGUUCAUUUACUUGGAACAGUAAAAUGAAGACUAUCGCUCUACCAAAUAUGCCUAUAGCAUACAUCAAUAUACUGGUAGAAAAUAGAAUUCUAUGUCUAAUUGUUCAUCUUCAAUGCAAUAACUAUCAAAUAAAUGAAGCGAAUAAAUUGACUGAACGAAGUGGUGAUUAUAGUGAUAAGAAUUUUAUUAUAUCAAUUAAGCCAAGAUAUUAUGUUAAACACCUAAUUUACGAUGAUUUUAAAACACUAAGGAUAAAACCGAUUGUUAUUCCUAUACAACAAAAGAAUGUUACAAAAAUGAACAAUUCAUCAAUUAUUCAUCCAUGUGAAUCGAAGUUGAAUGAGGUUACAGAAAUUUCAUGUCAAAGCGAUAAUACAUCUGUUCUAUGGUGGACGCUUCCUCAUAGUAUCAAUAAAUCAUUGCCAAGCGUUGAACUAAUGUACUGUAUGCAGAUUUCUGUCAGUUCAACCGUUCAUGCAAUUUGGUCAGAAAUCUUUCCACUCCAUAGGGUCCCAACCUUUCCCUAUAAUACAGCAAAUCUGUCCAAAAAUUCUUCAGUACCUAUAUACCUUUACCAAGUGACUGCUCCAGUCAGCUUAGAAAGUUCAACUAACAACUUCAACGUACACUCAAAUUUACUUAUCACUACAAUGGAGCAGAUAUCUACAAGUCAAAUAAUUAUACAAAUAAACAAAAGUCCAAUCUUUAAAAAUCUGAAUCCCUUCUCAGUGCAUUUCUUCAACUGUGCUAAAUCAUCAGUUUACUCUAUCGAAUUAUCAGACCAACUAUCAUCAUCGUUAACAUCUAAAUCUUCUGAAAAACAUUGGUCUAAUACAAAACUUUUAAGUGAUUUAAUGGAAUCGAAUUUAAAAAGUUCAUUAGUUAAUUGGUAUCCGCAUAAAAUCUAUCCCAACUCUCAAUUAUCACUUAUUCCCCAGUCUCUAUUAGAACUGCUUUACAUUGAUACAGUAAAUCGAAAUGUUAAUAGUAGAGAAAACCUAUGCUUCAAGUUCUUUCAUCCAUCUCAUUUUAGUCGGCUUGAUUUAAAUUUGUAUGCGCAAACGGAAGAUACAGACAGCAGUUCUUCAAACAAACCGAUCAGUAUAAAUCUUAAGGAGUUAUGCUCUUCUAUUAGUGAAUUCAAUAUAUCAGGAAGAUCGGAAGGGUUUUGGAGAACACAAAAGCACAUCAAUGAUCAGUUAUCUAUUCACGCAUACUAUUCACUCAGCGAAACCUCAUUCGGUCUGAUUAUUCAAUUGAUUAAUAGAUUUGAUGAUGAAAGAGCAAUUUCUAUCCCUUCGUUAUCUGUAUCAUGUGGAUCUUUGUUGAAUUCUGUCGAUCCUCUAAAUAAAGUUCAUUUGACUGUCGGCAAAUUCUGUAUUCACUUGCUAACAUUUGAAAAUCGAAUUAUGAAUGGUCCUUAUUAUCAGAAAAAAAAAUUGUCAUCACCCUCCAUCCCAUCAUCUUCAUUUUCUUCUCCUUCAUUAGCCUUAAAACACAAUGUAUAUGAAAUGUUACCACCUCAAGAUGAGUUUGUCCGUUUGACAACAGUAGAUUUAUGCAUUAUUCUAGUGAUGAAAAAUCCAAGUUUGAUAAGCAAUGAAAACAUUCAAUUAUCGGACAAACAAUUCAUUGUAAAGGAACAAUUCAACGUUGUGAUUAGUUUGCAACACUUACAAUUAGAUAAUUGGUGUCAUUCAUGGACUAAUACUUACGAUUUUCCUGUGAUUGUACAGACAGUUAGAUUGAGAAGGCCAAAAUCAAUCCUACAAUUCAGUUCAACAUGGUCAUCAUUAAUUCUGUUACAAGAAGGAUUUUUGUCUCUAUUAUCAUCAUCACCAGUGAUAACCCUGUUUCUUUUUCCGCCUAAUUUAGAUGUCUAUCUGGAAGAUUCCUUGAUUUAUGACUUCCUGAGAUCAUUUAGUAGUAUUCUACCUAUUUUCAAUGGAUUAUUUUCAUCACAUCAACUGCAAACUCCAUCAAUUGAUGAUGUAACCAUUCCACAACCAAAAAUCAUUGAUGAAACAAACAUUUUAGUUAAACAAUUGGUUGUCGAUUCAUUCAGAAUAAAUUUAAGUCUGCAUGCAAUGUUACGUCUUUACUUAUCUUGCCAUUCAGCUCCUCUGAAUUUCACCUCAUUCAAACUUAUUAAUUUUGAGGAGGAAAUUAAUAGUAGUCAAUACUGUUCUACUGUUCCAUCCGGUUCAUUGGUAUACUGGUGUUCUAUAAAACAUUUACUAACAAUUCACUAUUUUACCCAAAUGUUGUUCCGUUCUGGUUGGUUAGUUGGCAGUUUGGAUUUAUUGGGCAAUGUAACUGGUCUGCUGUAUUCCCUCAUGAAUGGUUUUAAUGAUUUGAUUCACUUACGUUCAUCUGAGGAGAAAAUUGAUGAAGAUGAACACAGUAUAUCCAUGAUUACUUCGUUUAAUACAAAUUCCUUUAUAUUUGCCCCUGAUAUUAGAACAUCACCUGGUGCGAAUUAUUUAGUGAAGGAUAACCGGAAUAUUGGAUUCUUAUAUCGUCUCACUCAAGGAUUAAGUUCACUUACUCGUCGAACAACUGGUGGGUUACUCUUGUCGAUCAGUGGUAUGGCCUCAAGUUUGGCUAGAAAUUUGGAUUACCUUUCUCUUGAUCCGCGUUAUGAACAACAUCAAGAUCACAUUCGAAGACAUCGCACACCUAAGGGAUUCGGCGAGGGUAUUCAGUUGGGACUCAGUAGUUUUGGCUUAUGUUUACUAAGCGCCAUAGCUGGGGUUGCUGAUCAACCGUUGCAAGCUAUAUUUAAAACAAUAGACAAUCAGACAGCAUCUGAGUCUCUAGAAGGCAUUUUCAAUUUAUCUGAAACCACUCCGUCAAACCAAAGCUUCUUACUAUCUACUUUAGGUGGUUUCGGUCGUGGCCUUGUCGGAGUAGUAACAAAGCCUGCCGCUGGAGCUGCAGAACUAAUUGCUCAAACUAGCAAAGGUUUGUUGCACGGUACGAGUAAUGCAAUGGAAAUUACUAUUCCAAGUAAAUACGGCGAUCCCUACAUAUCACCUGAAGCUGGUUUACUUUUACAAUAUCAGAAUGUGGAUAGUAUGAUAAUUCAUCACUGGGGUUCAGUUGCGCUGCAGCAUAUGCAGUCGAAUCAAUCAACUGCUGACCGUUAUAGUCAAGAAUCAUUAAUUUGCUGUUGGUUUGCAACUGCAAUCUACGAUCAUAAUAUGCACAGUUGUCCUAAUAAGCAAUCAAAUAAUGAGAAUGAAAUACUUAUUUGGCUGGCGGCAUCAAUAGAUCCACAUUUAAUAUACACAUUUUUAACGGGAAAUGAAGUUGACUCAUCAUAUUUUUCAUGGUCAGAGAAAUUUUCUGAUGAUGUUCUAAAGUAUUUUGUUGCCACACUUAUGUCAGUUCAGUCAAAACACGUCAAAAUGAGUGAUAGUUCUCGUAAUCUGAAAAAUUUUGCUAUCAAUGAAUUUACGCCUAGCACCAUUGAAAUUGGUAAAGAUAAUUCAUUUGGAAACCUGAACUUUAUUUCUCCCAAUGAUUCAUGGAAGUGGAUUGAUCAUAUGCAAUUUAACUUAAAUGACUUGCAGUGUUUAAUGUCAAUUAUUCAGAACUUCUGGUUAGCAGACGAAAAUAUGAAAGAAUUGAUAUACAAAAGGUAUUCUGAUUCAACUUCUACUCCAUUGCAAAACGUUGCUUGUGCUGACAGUUCAUUCGAUUCCAGAUCAGACUUAAAUUCUCCAGACCUUUUUGUAUCUGAUCGGCAUAGUUCUAAAUGGAGACAAGUCAGAGAAUAUCUGAUGGGAAUUAGUCCAUCUGAUCUUCUUCAUAUCUGA